CCAAUAAUUUCGGGGUUUGAUGUUUCACAAGCAAUUAGAGUAAUGGGUUCACCAAUUUCAAGCAUACCUAUUAUUGCUCUAACGACUUUAUUUACAGAAGAAAUACGGAAUAAAUGUAUCGAAUCAGGAAUAAAUGAUUAUCUUGAGAAACCUCUGAAAAUUGAGGAGCUUGAAAAAGCUCUAACUAAAUGGAUUG